AUGAUGGCGAUGAACGGAAAACAGCACCUCGGCAUGCACCCGACGCUAUCCGAGCCCAAAUAUCCAAGCCUGCACGCGAGCCCCGAAGGCAUGCGCCGAGUCUGCUUACCUGCCCCGCAGCUCCAGGGCAAUAUAUUCGGUGGCUUUGAUGAGAGCCUGCUGGCCCGCGCGGAAGCUCUGGCGGCUGCUGACAUUGUCUCUCACGGCAAAAGUCACCACUUCAAGCCGGACGUGACCUACCAUACCAUGAGCAGUGUCCCCUGUACUUCCACCUCCUCCACUGUGCCCAUAUCCCACCCCAAUCUGACAUCGCACCAUCACCUUAACCAGACGUUGGAGGGCGAUCUGCUGGAUCAUAUCUCGUCGAGUCUGUCCGUCAGCGGGAUGGGGGCUCCGGACCCGUCUGUGAUGACCACACAGGCUCAUCAGCAUCACCUGCAGACCAUGGGCCAUCUCCAUCAAGCAAUGGCCAUGGGUCAUCCGCAUUCACUCUCUGUGCACAAUGGAAUGACCUGCGUAAACGACGUGGAAUCGGAUCCCAGGGAGCUGGAGGCGUUCGCGGAACGGUUCAAACAGAGGCGGAUAAAACUUGGGGUGACCCAGGCGGACGUUGGGUCCGCCCUGGCUAACCUUAAGAUUCCUGGCGUGGGCUCUCUGAGUCAGAGCACGAUCUGCAGGUUCGAGUCCCUGACCCUCUCUCACAAUAACAUGAUCGCGCUGAAGCCGGUUCUCCAAGCGUGGCUCGAGGAGGCUGAAGCGGCUUACCGAGAGAAAAACAGCAAGCCAGACCUUUUCAGUGGCAACGAAAGAAAAAGGAAACGCACGUCCAUUGCUGCACCAGAAAAGCGGUCUUUGGAAGCAUAUUUUGCAAUACAACCGCGUCCCUCUUCAGAAAAAAUAGCUGCCAUAGCAGAGAAGUUGGACUUAAAAAAGAACGUGGUUCGAGUUUGGUUUUGCAAUCAACGUCAGAAACAGAAAAGGAUGAAAUAUUCUGCCUCACACUAA